UCACGUGGCCUCGGGCACCCUUCUCAUUGGUCAGCCUCGGAGCGGCCCCCCGACCGCUUCCGCCCGGAGGAGAGAUGGUGGCGCUGGCGUCCCCUCAGUGAGGUCGCGCCAGUUCGCCCGCCCCCGCCCGCAAAAAAGAUGGCAGUGGCCUGAUCCGGGCCCGUUGGCGGCGUCGCGGGCGCUUCGCUCCAGUCCUCGGAUCCCGGGCGCGGGGAGGCAGGCCGACCGUGAGCUGCUUGUCCCCAGCCUGCGGCCGUCCUGGGGACACAGAGCCCUCUGUGGCGCCUGGGGCUUGGAUUGGAGCCAGGACCUCACUUCCUCCUCUGCCCCUGCCCCUCCCAGCACCUGGCCCACACCCUGCAGCCCGCCCCAUGGUCUGGCCCUGGGUGGCGAUGGCGUCCAGGUGGGGUCCCCUCGUUGGCCUGGCUCCGUGCUGCCUCUGGCUCCUGGGGGCGGUCCUUCUGAUGGACGCAUCUGCACGGCCUGCCAACCACUCGUCCACCCGAGAGAGAGCAGCCAACAGGGAGGAGAAUGAGAUCCUGCCCCCAGACCACCUGAACGGGGUGAAGCUGGAGAUGGAUGGGCACCUCAAUCGGGGCUUCCACCAGGAGGUUUUCCUAGGCAAGGACCUGGGUGGCUUUGAUGAAGAUGCGGAGCCGCGGCGGAGCCGGAGGAAGCUGAUGGUUAUCUUUUCCAAGGUGGAUGUGAACACUGACCGGAAGAUCAGUGCCAAGGAGAUGCAGCGCUGGAUCAUGGAGAAGACGGCCGAGCACUUCCAGGAGGCCAUGGAGGAGAGCAAGACACACUUCCGCGCCGUGGACCCUGACGGGGACGGCCACGUGUCAUGGGAUGAGUAUAAGGUGAAGUUUUUGGCGAGUAAAGGCCAUAGCGAGAAGGAGGUUGCCGACGCCAUCAGGCUCAACGAGGAACUCAAAGUGGACGAGGAAACACAGGAAGUCCUGGAGAACCUGAAGGACCGCUGGUACCAGGCGGACAGCCCCCCGGCGGACCUGCUGCUGACGGAGGAGGAGUUCCUGUCGUUCCUCCACCCUGAGCACAGCCGGGGAAUGCUCAGGUUCAUGGUGAAGGAGAUCGUCCGGGACCUGGACCAGGACGGUGACAAGCAGCUCUCUCUGCCCGAGUUCAUCUCCCUGCCCGUGGGCACCGUGGAGAACCAGCAGGGCCAGGACGUUGACGACAACUGGGUGAAAGACAGAAAAAAGGAGUUUGAAGAGCUCAUUGACUCCAACCACGACGGCAUCGUGACCGCAGAGGAGCUGGAGAGCUACAUGGACCCCAUGAACGAGUACAACGCCCUGAACGAGGCCAAGCAGAUGAUCGCUGUCGCCGACGAGAAUCAGAACCACCACCUGGAGCCCGAGGAGGUGCUCAAGUACAGCGAGUUCUUCACGGGCAGCAAGCUGGUGGACUACGCACGCAGCGUGCACGAGGAGUUUUGAGCGCCCGGCAGCGCCCCGCGCCGCCCCCCACGCACCACCAGGGCGGCCCCGCGGGUGACUCCGGGCUCCAUGGCUGUCCCGGACCCCACCUCCUCCCUGCCGCCCGCCACCAGUCGGCCAACCGACCGCGGCUGCCCCAGUUGAUGAGCGGCGCGUCCCCUCUGCAGCGCGCACCCCGGCGAGGCUUCGGCUGUGAUGCGGCCGGGGCGCGGUGCUGGGCUGUGGCUCCGCGGCGCCGCCUCCUCCCUGGUCCCUCGAAAUCGCUGCAUCUCACUUCUGAGAACGAAAUCUCGUUUCAGUCGCUCUGCUGAAGGCGCUGACAGCAUCGCAGCUGGAACCUCUGGGCCCGGCCACUCCCAGGGCCGCCGCCCCGUGGGAAAUAACAGCUCCUCCAUUUCCUUGAAAACUGAACGAUUAUUAAAAAUAGAUUAAACUUCGCUGGAAAUGAGUAGCCAGGAAGUUCAGGGGAGGGUGUCGGGUCCUUCCCGGGCCUGGCAUGUCGGAGCCACCCAGGUCCCGCAGCUGCCGCCGAGAAAAUGCAAAUAUUUGUUGUGACAAGAAUCACAUUAAUUUACUUUAAAUAUAGUUGCCUUUUUUGGUCAGCUUCA